AUGCGUUUCGUUCCUAUCCUCGUCGCCUCUUUGGCAAGUCUCUCUCUGGCUGCCCCAGCACCUGCUAAGCGCCAGGAGCCCAGCUCCGACCCGCUCAGCUUGGGCCCAACUGUAGAGGAUGUCACGAACCAAGUCAGUGGCCUCGUCGGCUCGAUUCUCAAGCGCCAGGAACCCAGCUCAGAUCCCCUCAGCUUGGGCCCUACCGUCGAAGACCUCACAAAUCAAGUGAGCGGCCUCGUUGGUUCCAUCCUCAAGCGUCAGGAGACCAGUUCGGAUCCUCUUAGCCUGGGUCCAACUGUGGAGGAUGUCACAAACCAAGUCAGCGGGCUCGUCGGCUCAAUCCUCAAGCGCCAGGAAAGCAGUUCGGACCCGCUUAGCCUUGGUCCCACCGUGGAGGACGUCACGAACCAAGUCAGUGGCCUCCUAGGGGCCCCGUCUUCCAACUAA